AUGUCGGUGCGGUCGGGGACAGGUCGAGUGGCGUUCUCCGCUGUCAGGAACAUCAACCACUGGGGAUGUCGGUGCGGUCGGGGACAGGUCGAGUGGCGUUCUCCGCUGUCAGGAACACCAACCACUGGGGAUGUCGGUGCGGUCGGGGACAGGUCGAGUGGCGUUCUCCGCUGUCAGGAACACCAACCACUGGGGAUGUCGGUGCGGUCGGGGACAGGUCGAGUGGCGUUCUCCGCUGUCAGGGACACCAACCACGAACCCUCAGAGAUGAGCAACCGUACUGUGACCAUAUAUUUUGACCAGAUCCUUGUGAAUGUGGGCAGCCAUUUUGAUCCAGCACGGAGCAUCUUCGUGGCGCCUAGAACAGGAGUCUAUAGUUUCUGUUUCAAUGUGGUCAAGGUCUAUAACCGACAGACCAUUCAGGUGAGUCUGGUUUUAAAUGGACAUCCGAUCAUCUCAGCCUUUGCCGGGGACCAAGACGUGACCAGGGAAGCAGCCACCAACGCUGGCCUGGUCACCAUGGAGAGAGGAGACAAGGCUUAUCUCAAACUGGAGAGAGGGAACCUGAUGGGGGGGUGGAAAUACUCCACCUUCUCUGGAUUUCUGGUGUUUCCUUUGUAAGGAGGGAGGCAGGGAGGGAGGGUUAAAGAGAGGGGGAAGGGGAGGGAGAGAAGAGGGGGAGGAAUGUGGGGAGAUAAGAGUGAGAGAAUAAGAGAUGGAUAAGUAAGUGAGUGAUGGAUAGAUAGAGAGGAAAUGAGAGAGAGAGAGAGAGAGAGAGAGAGAGAGAGAGAGAGAAAGAGAGUGAGUGAGUGAGUGAGAGAGAGGGAGGGAGAGAGAGAGAGAGGACAAGACAGACUGAGAAGGAGUUGGUAUAACAAGGUAGGAGGAGUUUGUAUUACAAAAUCCUGAAUGGUACCAUUUUGCGUUACACUUUUUUCUAUACACUGCUCCAGCAUAUGAAUGAUACUGUAGAUCGUACAGUGUCAUGCUUGUGUAGUUAUGUAUUAUGUAUUGUAUUCAACUUCCUUUGAUGCAUGAAAUGCUAAUAAUGACAUAAUAAUAAUAAUAAUUACAUAGAAAUAAUAAUUGUUCUAAAGGUAAUAAAAGACAGUGGAAUCUUUGUAGGUAAAGUUCAAUCGAGUACAGGCUUAACUGAAUGAACAACAGAGACGGAAUGUAAUCUGGCAUUCUAUUGUAUAGUUUUGGGGUAUGGCCUCUUUGCCGAGGAAUGCUACUUGGAGCCAGAUGAUGAUGACAGGUAGCCCUAUGAUGGCCAGCUGGCAUCGAACCACCCCACCCCCCUACUCUGAUUUACUUUAUGAAUGCAGGCCCAGAUCACAAAUGUAAUCAUAAGGGUGGCCCUGUAACUGUAUAAUAGAAGUUGACCUUACCACAGAUCUAGGAUCAGAUUAUAUGAUUCUAUGCUCCCUAUGAUAACCUCAACCGUUAGGCAGAUUACAUAAAAUCUAACCCUGAAUCAGUAAUGAAAGGGAUACUUCCACCUUCUCCAAAUCUGUGCAUCGGUUAGUGCUGUAAAUAGUGAGGACACCUUCAACGCUUCGAGUGGAGGAGUCUGGGUAAGUUCGCCCUGGUGGAUCCGACGGCAGAUGGCAUUUUUGGCGAGGUAUGUGUGUGUGUUGCCAGGAACCUAUGGGUUUCAUACCGUACACUGUCACAACCAAUUUCUCUCGCUUCUUGAAUACCGAGUGGAGACAUGUAAGAAUAUAUAGGAGGGUGUGUUGGUUUAUUCUUUAUAGAAGUGUUAAUAUAAGAUUAUAAACUUAAUAUGUACUGAUAUAGAGUUGAGGUCGGGAGUUUACAUACACCUUAGACAAAUACAUUUAAACUCAGUGUUUCACAAUUCCUGACAUUUAAUCCUAGUAAAAAUUCCCUGUCUUAGGUUAGUUAGGAUCACCACUGUAUUUUAAGAAUGUGAAAUGUCAGAAUAAUAGUAGAGAGAAUGAUUUAUUUCAGCUUUUAUUUCUUUCAUCACAUUCCCAGUGGGUCAGCAGUUUACAUACACUCAAUUAGUAUUUGGUAGCAUUGCCGUUAAACGUUUUGGGUAGCCUUCCACAAGCUUCCCACAAUAAGUUGCGUGAAUUUUGGCCCAUUCCUCCAGACAGAGCUGCUGUAAUUGAGUCAGGUUUGUAGACCUCCUUGCUCGCACACGCUUUUUCAGUUCUGCCCACAAAUUGUCUAUAGCAUAGAGGUCAGGGCUUUGUGAUGGCCACUCCAAUACCUUGACUUUGUUGUCCUUAAGCCAUUUUGCCACAACUUUGGAAGUAUGCUUGGGGUCAUUUUCCAUUUAAAAGACCAAUUUGCGACCAAGCUUUAACUUCCUGACUGAUGUCUUGAGAUGUUGCUUCAAUAUAUCACCAUAAUUUCCCUACCUCAUGAUACCAUCCAUUUUGUGAAGUGCACCAGUCCCUCCUGCAGCAAAGCACCCCCACAACAUGAUGCUGCCACCCCCAUGCUUCACAGUUGGGAUGGUGUUCUUUGGCUUGCAAGCCUCCCCCUUUUUCCUCCAAACAUCACAAUGGUCCUUAUGGCCAAACAGUUCUAUUUUUGUUUCAUCAGACCAGAGGCUAUAUCUCCAAAAAGUAUGAUCUUUGUCCCCAUGUGCAGUUGCAAACCGUAGUCUGGCUUUUUAUGGCGGUUUUGGAGCAGUGACUUCUUCCUUGCUGAGCGGCCAUUCAGGUUAUGUCAAUAUAGGACUUGUUUUACUGUGGAUAUAGACACUUUUUUGUCAAGCAGAGGCACUGAGUUUGAAGGUAGAUUUUGAAAUAAAUCCGCAGGUACACCUCCAAUUCCCUCAAAUGAUGUCAAUUAUCCUAUCAGAAGCUUCUAAAGCAAUGACAUAAUUUUGGGAAUUUCCCAAAGUGUUUAAAGGCACAGUCAACUUAGUUUAUGUAAACUUCUGACCCACUGGAAUUGUGAUACAGUGAAUUACAAGUGAAAUAAUCUGUCUGUAAACAAUUGUUGGAAAAAUUACUUGUGUCAUGCACAAAGUAGAUGUCCUAACCAACUUGCCAAAACUAUAGUUUGUUAACAAGACAUUUAUGGAGUGGUUGAAAAAAAAGUUUUAAUGACUCCAACCUAAGUGUAUGUAAACUUCAGACUUCAACUGUAUGAACCAUACAUACUUCAUAUCAAUGUCAUUGGAAUGCCAAUCUAUUCAUAGAUUCUAUUGUCUCUUUGGAUAAGGUUUACAAAAACACAAUAAACAUUAUAAAAGGGAAAAAUACACUUGUUCUAGAGGUGAGACAGAUGAAAACACUGAUGGUCAUUCUGUAAAUCUGAGCUUUUUAUUGACUUCCCUGAAGCUCAACAAAUUGAGAACUUUUUUUAAUGCAAAGAUAUUAAAGAUAAUUUCUUUAGGACGUCAGUGCAGACCAAAUUUAACAGAAUAAAAAAGACAAAGAUGGAUCAAUCCAUGCUCUCUAGUUGCACAGGAUUUCACCACUCAAAAUGUUACAAAAAAGUAAUAAAAUAAAAAAGUAUGAUUUAUGGUUUCUUUUUUUUUAAGGAGAGUGAAUCUCAAUAUUUUGUGUUUUUAUUACAGACAGACUAGAAACAGAGUUAAGAUGAGAGACAAAGAGUGAACCCCGGUCUCUGGCAGAGAUUCGUACACGGGCAUAGGGCUGGGAGUGUUGGCGACUUCAUGGUUCUGGAGCUUUAAGGUUCCUUGGCUUCACUGGUGUGAAGUUAACUCUAGAUGGGGCUGUGGGGUUUCUGUGGCGUUUACUGAGAUGUGGUGACCCGAUGAACAUGUAGUUGUUGUCACCAAACUGCAGUCCUUCCACAUUGCUCAUGUUGAUGGAGAAUCCCCCUGAAAGAGAAAGGGGUUAUGGGUGUAUCUUAAUAGUCUGUCCUUGAUUCCUCACGUCAUCCACAACAAACAUUGGAGAACAAGGUCCCAUGUCACUCCCCUCAGACCUUCUCCUCCAAUGCGUGCUUAGGAGGCAAGUAAUAAAGGAAAUACUUUUGAUAUUCACCGAGCUCUAUCUCAAUUGUCACUCAUUUCUUCCUUUUCAAAAUGUCUUCAAGAAGAGGAAAUGCUUCCUUCUGACACUUAGCAGCAUGGAAAGAUUUGGGAAAAAGUCACAGAUAUUUUAAACACCUCCUAAAGGGACGGUUCACCCAAAUUACAAAAUGGCGUAUUGGCUUACCUUGCAAGCAGUCUAUGGACAAGGUAUGACAGCAAUCCAUGCUUUGGUUUAGUUUCCCUGGCACUGUUUCCACAUGCUAACGUUUUAGCAUUUGUGUCACAAAUCCCAUUCAAGUCAUGGUACUGAUAUUAGCAUUUUUUCUCGCAUCAUGUCCAAAUCAUCCGAAAGAUUCUAAAUUGAUAGUGAAGCUCAAAAAAGUAACUUAUAGAUGAUUUGAACAUAAUGCGCGGAAAAUGCUAAUAUCGGUCUCAUGACUUGAAUGGUAUUUGUGCCACAAAUGCUAAAAUGUUACCGCGCAGAAACAGUGCCAGAGAAACUAAACCAAAGCAUGGAUUCCUUUCAUACCUUGUCCAUACAGUGCCUUCAGAAGGAAUUCAGGCCCCUUGACCCCUUUUCGCAUUUUGUUGCAUUACAGCCUUAUUCAAAAAUGUAUCAAAUAGUUUUUUUCCCUCCUCAAUCUAUACACAAUACCCCAUCAUGACAAAGCAAAAAGAGGUUUUUAGAAAUGUUAGCAUUUUUAUUACAAAUAAAAAACUGAAAUAUCACAUUUACAUAAGUAUUCAGACCCUUUACUCAGUACUUUAUUGAAGCCCUUUUGGCAGUGAUUACAGCAUGAAGUCUUCUUGGGUAUGAUGCUACAGCUUGGCACACCUGUAUUUGGGGAGUUUCUCCCAUUCUUAUCUGGAGAUCCUCCCAAGCUCUGUCAGGUUGUAUGGGCAGCGUUGCUGCACAUCAAUUUUAAGGUCUCUCCAGAAAUGUUCGACCGGGUUCAAGUCCGGGCUCUGGCUGGGCCACUCAAGGAUAUUCAGAGACUUGUCUCAAAACCACUCCUGAGUUGUCUUGGCUGUGUGCUUAGGAUCGUUGUCCUGUUGGAAGGUGAACCUUCACCCCAGUCUGAGGUCCUGAGCGCUCUGGAGCAGGUUUUCAUCAAGGACCUCUCUGUUCUUUGCUUCGUUCAUCUUUCCCUCAAUUCUGACUAGCGUCCCAGUCCCUGCCGCUGAAAAACAUCCCCACAGCAUGAUGCUACCACCACCAUGCUUCACCGUAGGGAUGGGGCCAGGUUUCCUCCAGGUAUGACACAUGACAUUCAGACCAGAGUUCAAGCUUGGUUUCAUCAAACCAGAGAAUCUUGUUUCUCAUAGUCUGAGAUUCUUUAGAUGCCUUUUGGCAAACUCAAAGCGGGCUGUCAUGUGCCUUUUACUGAGGAGUGGCUUCCGUCUGGCCACUCUACCAUAAAGGCCUUAUUGGUGGAGUGCUGCAGACAUGGUUGUCCUUCUGGAAGUUUCCACAGAGGAACUCUAGAGCUUUGUCAGAAUGGCCAUCGGGUUCUUGGUAACCUUCCUGACCAAGGCCCUUCUCCACCGAUUGGUCAGUUUAGCCGGGUGGCCAGCUCUAGGAAGAGCCUUGGUGGUUCCAAACUUCUUCCAUUUAAGAAUGAUGGAGGCCACUGAGUUCUUGGGGACCUUCAAUGCUGCAGAAAUGUUUUGGUACACUUCCCCAGAUCUGACAAUCCUGUCUUGGAGCUCUACAGACAAUUCCUUCGACCUCGUGGCUUGGUUUUUGCUCUGACAUGCACUGUUAACUGCACUGUUAACUAUAUAGACAGGUGUGUGCCUUUCCAAAUAAUGACCAAUCAAUUUAAAUUACCACAGGUGGACUCCAAUCAAGUUUUAGAAACAUCUCAAGGAUAAUCAACGGGAAACAGGAUGCACCGGAGUUCAAUUUCGAGUCUCAUAGCAAAAGGUCUGAAUACUUAUGUAAAUAAGGUAUUUCUGUUUAUUAUUUUUAAUAAAAUAAAAUUUGCUAAAUAAAAAAAAUAAAAAAAAGUUUUUGCUUUGUUAUUAUGGGGUAUUGCUGAGGAUUGUUUCUUUAUUUAAUCAAUUUUAGAAUAUGGCUGUAACGUAACAAAAUGUAGAAAAAGUCAAGGGGUCUGAAUACUUUCUGAAUGCACUGAAGUCACUGCUUCCAGGGUAAGGAGACCAAUAUGUACCUUGGGUGGACUAUACCUUUAACCAAUAGAUACAUAGAAAGUAAAUAGACUGAAAGUAAUACCUCUGGGAUAAUUGGAUGUGGUAACUGGAGUGGAACACAGGCGCUGAAAGGAGAAAUUAGAGAGUAAAUAUGAUAAUUUUUAUGUAUUUUAUCAGGGAGUCAUACUGAGACCAAGGUCUCUUUACAGAUGAGCCCUGAAUUACAUCAAGUAUAGAAAAUACACACAUCAAAAUAUAAAUACAAAAUGUAAACAGAAAGAAAAACAGGGUUAUAAAAAACAAACACAUUCAUCAAAUGUAAGAACAUUUUGAAGAUUGUUCGACAAAUGAGGUGCAAGAAAAAUAAAAUCUGAUUUGCUCAGUAGAGUUAGCUAUCUCUGGGAACGGGUGUGGUAAUUCCUAUGUCUAAAGUUUAGUACUUGGUUACAUUGUCUUCUAUGACCUGAGCUUUAGUCAUGACAUUGGUUUCUUUGGUUUCAAUGAUUCAGCAGAGUGUUCACUUCACUGUUCUAUUAUUAUAUAACGGUUAUUUUGGGAAUACGCUUCCAUACAGAAACAUGACUCUGUACCUGAUAAUUGACCGCUGAACUUUGAUUAGAUGCAGAGCGGGAAGCUGUUGUUUUGCAGUCAUGAUUGAAUACAGGGGGGGACAUCUUUGGUUUUUGAUUGGUUGAAGAAGUGACCGGAGCUGCAUCUGGCCGUCUCAUUGGCUGGGGUGUGUGCUGAAAGGAUGGAUACUCUAUGAGGGAGAAAAAAAUUAACUAAGAAUCUGGUGAAUGGAUAAUACAUUUUGUAUUCAAACAUUAAGGGCCAGAAAUGUUUCCCAUUUCAACCUCAUUGGUUACUAAGCAACCACCCACAACAAUCCCUCAUUGGUUACCAGAUAACCUCCCAUGACAACCCCUUGUCGGUUACCAGGCGACCACCCACGACAACUUCCUUGCGUAUACCUUUAUAUUUCUGUUUCGAGGUCAAACUACCCGCCGUUUCCUGUAGCAAACACAAGAACAGGAAGUCAAGUUAUUUACCUUGGUCGAUUAUACUGAUGUGUUCUGACUUCGAAACUUGAAAAUAUGAAACAUCCUUAUUCAUGUCACUGAGGGAGAGAGGGGAAUGUAGAACGUUUACAUUCAGUCAGAAUAUGUUAUUGUUAGACAUCAGGGAUCCUACGGGGAGGAAAAGGGCCACAGUCUGGUACAAGUCAACAGGACAGCCAUGAUUUGGGGAGGAGUGAGGAAUUUGGGCUGAGGUCAGAUAGAGUGAGGAAGAACAGAUAUCACUAAAGUUCUGUCUAGCAACAGAGAUGUAUUGGCUGUUCAGUGAUGUUAGGAAGAAAGGUUUAAAUACCAGUGCUUGUGUGAAUAUGUAUUGGUCUUAUGCAGCUGUGUGACCCAGCGGGUGAAUAAACUUGGUUUGAGCUUUA